GUUAGCGGAGAGAAACCUAUUUUCUGCUGUUGCGGUGGAUGUCAGGCUGCAAACGCGACAGAAAAACGGGAUAUCAUCCGGUUGGCUACCGAUACCGCAGUUAUCUUGUGGAAUACGGACAAUGCUAGUGCAAUAAUAACAAAACUUUGUAUAUCAUAAUAUAAUUUAAAAUAUGAACAGUCAUAUUAUAAUGAUGGUUUGAAAAAAAGAUUUUAAAAAAAUCCCUCACCGUUGAUUAUCCUGGGUUGAAAAUCCAGGAUCUGGGUAAAAAAAAAAAAAAUCAAACACAAUAUCAAGAAAAUCGUACCGAUUUGAAAAAGGGAUUUUUCAACGUGAGAAGAGGGAGGUUGAACAAAGGCAAACGUUAGCUUCACGAGAUGUCGUCGGAAAAACACGGAGGCUACCAAGGUCUGGAUGAGGCUGGGAGGCAGCAGAUGACCCAGAUCUCCCCCCCGCCUUACCUCCCCUCUCAGGACCCCAACAUGCCCCCCCACCCCCCUCCGCCUGUGUGCGGCCCCCAGCCCAGCUACCCCCCUCCUCCGCCCCCGCCCGGCUCCGAGGGCUACCUCCAGGAGACCCAGUUUCACUGCGGCCCCGUCGGCCCCCCUGGGGCCCCCCAGGGCUACACGGUGCAGACGCAGGGGCCGGGGGGGGCCGUGCCCCACCCCCCAGCGGGGUACCUCCAGCCCGGGUACCCCCUCCAGCUGCAGCCCUGCACGGCAUACGUUCCUGUGUAUCCUAUCGGGGCGUCGGGGCAGCCCUACCUGCCCGGGGGUGGGGGGCACCCCGGGGUUCCUCCGGGGCAGAUGCCCAUGCAGAUGCCCCCCGGAAUCGCCCUGAUGGAGCCACGCCGGCCCCCGCAUGACUACCUGCCCAUCGCUGUGCUCACCACUGUCUGCUGCUUCUGGCCCACAGGCAUCAUAGCCAUCAUCAAGGCUGUGCAGGUGCGCACGGCGGUGGCACGGGGGGACAUGGUUUCGGCGGAGAUCGCCUCCCGGGAGGCGCGGAACUUCUCCUUCAUCAGCCUGGCGGUGGGCAUCGCCUCCAUGGUGCUCUGCACCAUCCUCACUGUGGUGGUCAUCAUCGCCUCCCAGCACCAGGACGACGACUGGGAGCCCUAG